AUGAAGCUAGCGCUACUUCUGCCUGCAUUCCUCACGGCCUCUGCGCUGGUGGGAGCGCAGCAGACAAUCACCACGCUUGUCCCGCUUGUGUUCAAACCACUUCCGCUUGGUUCUAUCUCGCCGAAAGGAUGGCUCAAGGAUCAGUUGCGUUUAAUGAGUGACGGUCUCGCUGGCCACGAACAUGACUUCUACAACUAUGUCGCGCACUCCAGCUGGCUGGGUGGAGAGAAGGAGUAUUCCAAUCUUAACGAAGGCUUUCCUUACUGGUUUAACGGACUGGUGCCUCUAGCGUAUGGCCUCAACAACGCGAGGCUGAAAGACCAAGUCCACUCGGCUGCGCAUAUCGUACUGUCACGCCAGUCAAGCGAUGGCUGGAUUGGACCAGAAACUGGGACAGAUCGUAAUUUCUGGGCAAGGUAUCCGUUAUGUCUGGGUCUGAUACAGCUGGCCGAAGCCAACAAGACCUGGACGACACCCAUCGUCUCCGCUUUGCACAACUUCACAUCCCUCAUGCAUGAUAUGCUCGCGGACGACUACACAGGGUAUAUAUAUCACAACGGCGACCCAAUGUCAGCGGACGGGUACUCGUGGGGUCAGGCGAGAAGUCAAGACAUGAUGAUAACGUUGCAGUGGCUCUUUGAGCACCACCCUGUUAACCAGAGUCAGUUACUGCUUGAUAACAUGAACUACCUCCACCAAGCAGGGUUGAACUGGGAAGACUGGUACAACCAGCAAGCGUACUUCGGUCAAGGUAUGGAGAACGAUCUGAACAUCCUCAGUAUCAAUCUCACGCAAGCCAACUAUCCCUUUGAGCAUGGCGUGAACGUCGCUCAAGGCUUGAAGGCGGUUGCAGUCGUCCGUCGUUUCACGCACAAUGACAGCUUGGUGCAGACCGCGAUGGACGGCGUCAACUGGACAAUGCAGUACCACGGUGCGUCUUCUGGCACGGUGCUUGCAGAUGAACGCUUAGUGGGAUUGGCCCCAUACUCUGGCUCGGAGCUCUGUACAUCUGUUGAGACGAUGUACUCGUUGUCGUACCUCUAUCAGGCGCUCGGCACCAAUUACUAUGCCGAUCGAGCGGAGCUUGCGGCAUUUAACAGCUUGCCUGCCUUGUUGACGCCGGAUUGGUGGGCUCACCAAUACAUGGCAGAACCGAAUCAACCGUAUGCCCAGAACCUCACCAAUACGCCUUUCUACAAUGUCAAUACUUGGGGGCAGACCUUCGGGCUAGAACCAAACUACCCUUGCUGCACGGUCAACCACCCACAAGGCUGGCCCAAGUUUCUCUCCAACAGCUUCGUCAAGGUUGGCAACAAUUGUUUUGCUCACGCUUUGCUCAGCCCAGGUGCCGCGAGAACGACAUUGUCUAGCGGUAAAGUGACUGUGAGCUGUACGACAGCGUACCCUUUCAUGGACGCGCUCAGUUACACCAUCAAUGCCGCCGCACCCUUCGACUUCUACGUUCGUGUGCCCGCAUGGGCUGGCUCAGCAUCCUCUAUUGCGGUCAACUCCGAUUCGACGACUUGCGUCUCGCCAGACCCUGACAGUGGACUUCAUAAGCUCAGUUUGCCAAAGGGUACUUCGACUGUCUUGUACACCCUCGUUAGCGACAUCCGCACCGAGCCGCGCGAGAAUGACACAGUUGCUGUCUACAAGGGUGCGUUGUUGUAUGCCUUGCAAGUUGAGAACACCAACACAUCGACACUGCCGAAACCGUACAACAACCCCAAUACCUACUUUGACGCAAACUACGCUCCGGCUCAAAGUCGGGACUGGCAGUAUCACAAUACAUCUGCGUGGAGCAUUGCGAUCGAUCCGUCAACAUUGACCUACCACGGCCAUAACAAAACCUUUGCCUCUUAUAAGCUUGCGAAUCCGGCUUUCGCGCCAGAUGCGACGCCAGGGUAUAUGACCGCGCUAGGAUGCGAAAUCGCUUGGGACCUUGCUUUCGGGAGUGUUCCAGGUUAUCCGCCAGUUGGCGACAAGAAGAGGUGCUUGGGUAAUACCAUAGAGGUCAGAUUGGUGCCAUAUGGGAGUGCCAAAACGCAUAUGGCAGAGCUUCCCGUCAUAAAGCUGGCAACGUAG